UUAACCCCUUUGCGUCGGCGCCUCCCGGCCCUUUAAGGGUUUCAGAAGCCGGGAGGCGGGGUUUAGGGUCAUGUGACCGCCGUGACAUGCCGUCACAUGAUCGGGAAAGGUCCCGAUCGAAAGAGGAGACCGGGACCUUUCCGUGAGUACCGGACAUGUGUGCUGGGAGCGUGCAGGGCACGCGCUCUCAGCACGUCUUUUUUUAAUAGAAUGCAAAUGUGCGGCCGCUCAGCGUCUAGGCCCAGAUGUGGGAGGCUGCACAUUUGCGUUCGGCCGGCGUGAAGAGAUUAAGCUG